GACAGGCUUGUCUCUGACAUUUGCUUGACGUUGUCUGUGUCUGUAUCGAUUCUGGAAUCUCUGGAUCAGGGGCUUGCAAAGUGGAAAGUGGAAACGAAACCCUUGUUUACUCCUCUCUCUUCUCUUCUACUCUACCAACUACCAUAGAAGCACUUCUCAAAAUCAAAAUCACCCAUUUAUAUAUGCUAUGCCACCUAAGAUUCGCUUUGAGAUUUUGUGUGAACCUUCAGGUGUUAUUGACAAGGCCGUGAGUCAAUCAUGUCAGAAGGUGUAGAAAUUGAUGAGCAUGUGGACUUUGAUGAGGAAAAUUACAUGGAAGAAUUGGAUGAUGACGGUGAAGAAUGUAUCGAUGAUGAUGGAGAGGAUGAAAGUAGCGAUGAAAAUGUUGAAGGACACAGAUAUGAGGACUCGGUAGUAGUGGCUGAUGGAAGAGAUCAAUUGUCUGAAGCAGAUAGAAGUGACAUUGCCACUGAGUCUGUAGAAGAUGGACAAAAACCAUUUUUCAUGGAUGAAGAAGAGAAGCAGAAACAUAAUGAGCUUCUUGCCCUUCCUCCUCACGGUUCAGAAAUCUUUAUUGGUGGACUUCCUCGGGAUGCAUGUGAAGAUGAUUUGAGGGAAUUGUGUGAGCCAAUAGGUGAUAUUUUUGAGGUGCGGUUGAUGAAAGAUAGGGACACUGGAGAAGGUAAGGGUUAUGCUUUUGUGGCUUUCAAAACAAAGAAGAUGGCACAAAAGGCCAUUGAAGAGUUUCACAAUAAGGAAUUCAAGAAUAAAAUUUUAAGGUGUUCCCUAUCUGAGUCAAAACAAAGGUUGUUCAUUGGUAAUGUUCCAAAAAAUUGGACCGAUGAUGAGUUUCGGAAAGUCAUUGAGGGUGUUGGUCCUGGAGUUGAAAUCAUUGAGCUCAUAAAGGACCCCCAAAAUCCAAGUAGGAAUCGUGGCUUUGCAUUUGUAUUGUAUUACAAUAAUGCAUGUGCUGAUUAUUCACGGCAAAAAAUGUUAAAUGUGAGUUUUAAGCUGGAUGGUAAUACCCCAACUGUUACAUGGGCAGAACCAAAGAAUUCAUCUGAUCAUUCUGCUUCUUCACAGGUUAAAGCUCUUUAUGUGAAAAACAUACCUGAGAAUACUAGUACUGAACAACUGAAGGAACUAUUUUGUCAUCACGGAGAAGUGACAAAAGUGGUCAUGCCACCUAGCAAAUCAGGAGGGAAGCGUGAUUUUGGUUUCAUUCAUUAUACCGAGAGGUCAAGUGCAUUAAAGGCUAUAAAAGACACAGAGAAAUAUGAAAUUGAUGGCCAAGCGCUUGAGGUUGUUCUUGCCAAGCCUCAAACUGAGAAAAGAUCUGAUGGAGGUUAUGCCUUCAAUCCCGGACUUCAUCCAAACCAUAUUCCACAUCCUGGUUAUGGUGGUGGCAUUCGCGGAAAUCUUUACAACUCUUUAGGGGCUGGAUAUGGUGUUGCUACUGGUUUUCAACAGCCAGUGAUAUAUGGUAGGGGUCCAAUGCCAUCAGGAAUGCAGAUGGUUCCAAUGGUAUUACGUGAUGGUCAAAUUGGCUAUGUCCUUCAACAGCCUGGUGUACCGAUGUCAGCUUCUCAACCGCACAGAAAUGAUCGGAGCAACGGUCCAAGUGGUCGGCCAGGAGGAGGAGGAGGAGGUAGUGGCAAUCGCAAUAGAAGGUACCGACCCUAUUAGUUGCACAAAUUAGCUACAUGUGACUUUUCCAAUAUCAACUUACUGUUUUAUUCAUGAGAAGGAAGAGUUUGAGGACCAUAGACAUGUAAUUUGUUUGCUAGAUACAUUGAAACAUAAUCUAAUCCUCUCCUUCCCUGUCCAAGACUAGUGAGAAAUAGAAGAUAAAUUAAUAAUAGAAGAUAAAGAUAGUUUCAGCAGGAUCCUGAAUUCUCCAUCAAUUCAGUUUGUAAUGCUUCUUGACUUUUUUUUUUUUUAGUUUACAACAGUGGUAAUGUUGAUUUGAUUUCACUGUUUUGUUAUGCAUUUUGAGAGCUUUUGAUGUAGCAGUGCUACUAUACUAGUGCCACCUAAUUGCACUUGAAAAAUUAUUGCUAUACUUUUGCCAAUGGGGCAACUUGUGACUAUCAUUAUAAAAGACAAAUGUUUGUCUAUGUCGACACUCAACUAAGUAAUGAAUUUAAAUAAUUAGUAUGAUUAGUAAUAAAUAAUAAAAAUAAAACAUUGAAUAAAAUAUAAAGCGUUGAUUAAUAAAUUAGUCAUGUAAAUGCUAUAGUGCUAUGAUUAUUUAUAAGAUAAUGUUUUAUGUUAUUUAUACUAUAGCAAUAUGAUUAUGUCAAAAAAAUUUCCUUAUUUCUAUGUUUCUGAAAUAAAAAAUCAGUUUAAUUUGCUCCUCCUUAUUUUCAUGUAUUAGCCAUCUUCAUAACAUCACCAUCUUCAUCUUGAAUCAAUAAUCAAUUUCACUUUUUUUUUUUUCGUAUUCACCAAACCAUGCAACAGUAAGUCAUCUUGCAAUAUAUAUAUAUAAAGAAUAAAUGUCCCAAGAUUUAACCUAAAUUAAUGGUUAAGAUAAUUUUAUCAGUAGUCAUCUAAUUCAAAAUUAAUAGAACGUAUUACAGCAAUACUCUUAGUUUUACAAUUAUUUAUGGGUAUGAAUAAUAAUCCUUUUUUUUUCACAAAACUAAUGAAGUACUAAUCUUUUUAAGACUUUACCCAUAUAAUAAUUUGUGUGAUAGAAGAUUAUACAAAAAUGACAUUUUGAUUAUUUCAAUUAAAAAUGAUUAAGCUAAAUUUAAUUUAUAUUUUUUAAAAUAUUGAAGACAAAAGGGAAUCUGCGUGAAAAUACUUUUUUAUUUAUCAAUUUCUGUUUUAAGUAGUUAAGACAAAUAUAAGAGGACAUGUAUUUUUUUCUUAGCUUAGAUAUAUUCAUAAUCCUUAUAAACAUGAAUUUAGCUUUUU